AUGGUACAACACGAAAAUAAAACGAAGGACAACUAUUCAACUACAACCAGUCCGUCUGAGGAACACAGUAGCUCAGAAGUUGUGCAUAAUCAGUCAAGUUCAAGCUCUUUGGGUAACGGCGAUGAGGAUCCAGGCUCAUCGAAUACAAGUGCCACGUCUUUUCCCGAACAUCCAAAGUCCCCACGCUUGACACUCUCACAUUUACACAACACACCUUCCAGCGAAUACAAUGAUUUCGUGGUAUAUUCUGACUCUGACGAUAUUGCGUCUCAAAGUUCGUUAGACUUACAAAAUGAAGAGUCCAGAGCAGGACGUGAUAUCCGAAGUCAAUUGAAGAAAUUGGCUCGAAGUCAUAGUUCGGACGAGGAUGAAGAAGUGGAUGAGGAGGAGAUAAAUGUUCUUGAUAUUAACAAAAGUGAUUCCCAAAAUGAGGGCGCUUCAGGCGGAGAUCUCAAUCCGAUUGCAAACUUGAAGCCUUCUUUUGCUGUUGAAGAUACACCUAGGAGCAAGCGGGGGUCGUUAUCAUCGCGAACGUCAUCUCCAUUACGAAGGACCCUUUCGGCGAGUCCCGAUGACACUCCAAGUAAGCGACCAAGCAAACUGCGGGGAAAAAUACGAAGGAAAUCCAAGGAACCUAGCGAGAGGUCACAUAGAUCAUUGGAGAAGUCCGGAACUGGGUACACUUCAAUGCCACCAUCUGGUAAAAUUUUCAGAAACAUGUUGAUUUUGGAGGAAAGUUUGAGAGAGCAGGUCAUACAACAAAGAGCGAUGAGAAGGAAGUACUUGACUUUUUUGGCGAUAUUGUGCUCGAUUAUUGCUGGAUUGGCCCAUCAUUUGUUCAUUUUGGAUGCUGCUGUCUCUUCAACGGGUACAACAAGGUUAGUACUAAAGUUUUUGCUAAUAUCGACAGUGAUUACAUUGUUGUUGUACCAUUUGUCAGGAGAAUAUCAAAAGACAAUUGUUCUCCCACGGAAAUUUUUGUCAUCAACAAACAAGGGUUUGCGGCAGUUGAAUGUUAGAUUGGUGAAGAUCAAAACGCCCCUUUCAGAUAAAGUAACUGAUUUGAUACGUGAGUUGUCACUUCUCGUAGUGAAUUUUGCUUUGGAAGUGCUCCACAAGAUCUCACCUAAUUCCGUACAGAAUAAAGAUUCAAAGAUUGAAGUGUUUCUCGUCAUUUGUCAAUCGCAAUGUCAACCACGUAUAGGCGUUACCGACGUUAAGUUGUUGUUGAAUGCAAGAGUGUUCAAUGUUGACAUUAGAGAAGGUUGGGAGAUUUAUCGAAGUGAAUUUUGGAUCAAUGAAGGCGUAAGAAGAAGAAAUAACUUAUUGGCUUUUAUAAACGGGGCCAAAUUAGAAAAGAAACAGCAAUUGAAGAGGCGCAAGAGGACAAUGUCAACACCACAACCAUUGGCACCUUCGAAAUUGAGUGAAGAAAAUCUACUCAAGCUAGACUCAAAGGGAAAGAAAGCAUGGAGAAAGAACGUGGACAUAGGAGACUUAGAAUCAAAACUUCAAGAGGCAAGAGACGAGGAGAUCAUUAAGGGACCGUCACCACAAGAUGAUUUUGUAAUCGAUGAAACACCCAAUGUGCGUUUGAAGGAGACCAAAGCGCCCAAAAAGCUCAAGACUCGUGAAAUAUUAACCAAUAAAUCCAAAGUUCCUGCAUUGGUCAAUAAUCGUGCAAAGAAGUCGGACACAGUCCAAGGAGUGAAGAAGACAGAAAUGUUGAGGUUGUUAAGGUUGCGUGGUGGAAAAUACAAAAACGAAAGCAUAACCAUGGCAAGAAUAGAGCAAGAUGGAUUGGUGAAUGGUGACAGUGAAGAUAUCUGGGAUGACGAUAGUUCGAGUAAACAGAAACCAAAAAUUCCCGAAUAUGGCACAUCAACAGCUGAAGUCACCAAGGCAACGGUAGUGCCAUCCACCUUGCGUUUGAAACCUAUACAGAUCACAAAGAAUGACUUGACAGAGAAACUGGUGCAUGCAGGAAAGUCGUACAACCCUUCGUUGGAGUCAUGGAAAGAAUUGGUUGACCAAGAAUAUGGUAUUGAAUACAAGCGAGAGUUGACUAGGCAGUCCAUGGAAGAUUACAGGCAAAAGAUUCAAGAGCUCAUGGUUACUUUGAAUGAUAACAUGUUGUCUGACGAUAGCGAUGAUGAAAAUGAAGAAGAGGCCAAUGACCUUGAUACCAAAGAUGGGGAUGAAAAGGACUAUUCCUUGUCUAUAAAUAAGCCAACCAAAAUCAAGAUCAAAACAAAGACAAAGAGGAACAAACAAGCCAAACACAAGGAAAGAGUCAAGUUGGAGCAAGAAAUCAAGGACUUGAAAAAGCAGUUGAAAGAUCUUUCUAAUUUGGACGAAAUUCUACAGAAGCAACAAGAGGAAGAAGCCGAGGCCACAUCAAGAGCCAAACCUUCUGAGAAACCAAGAAGUCUAAAGAGGAACAAGUUGCACAAACAUACCCCUAUUGAAACACCAUUGGAGUUGAAAUUAUCUGACGAAUUAACAAGCAAUUUGAAAAACUUGAAACCUGAAGGAAAUUUAUUUUAUGACCAAAUGUUGAAUUUGCAAUCAACAGGAAAGAUUGAGAGUCGGGUUCCUGUUCAUAAAAAGAGAAAAUACGCCAAAAAAGUCACUGAAAAAUGGACUUAUAAAGAUUUUAAAUAG